UCCACCUACCUCAUAGCCAUUCCGGCUCCAAAAGAUUUUCCCGCCAUAGCAACCCUCUGAAUCCGAAAACACAACUAUUUGGCGCCUUGCUCAUAUUUCAAAAUUGGUGUUUAGAGGAGGGAAGAAAACUCAACAUCCCUAAAAAUGAAACCUACCCACCCUCUUCGUCUCUCUUUCUCUCUUCCUAUAUAAGAAUUCCUUCUCUCUCCCAUUUCUUUCUGUGCUAAGAACCUGUUUGAUAAAAGUCUCGAAAGAAGCAAAUAUGUAUGUGGUCAAGAGAGACGGGAAGCAAGAGGCUGUCCACUUUGAUAAGAUCACUGCUAGAUUGAAGAAACUUAGCUAUGGCCUUAGCACUGACCACUGUGACCCUGUCCUUGUGUCUCAGAAGGUGUGUGCUGGUGUCUACAAAGGUGUCACCACUAGCCAGCUUGAUGAAUUGGCUGCCGAGACUGCUGCUGCUAUGACUGCUAAUCAUCCUGAUUACGCCUCUUUGGCUGCGAGGAUUGUUGUUUCAAAUCUGCAUAAGAACACUCAUAAAUCAUUUUCUGAGACGAUCAAAAUUAUGUACAACCAUUUUAAUGAGAAAUCUGGACUGAAGGCUCCUUUGAUUGCUGAUGAUGUUUAUGAAAUAAUUAUGAAGAAUGCUGCUCGCCUGGACUCUGAGAUCAUCUAUGAUCGGGACUUUGACUAUGAUUACUUUGGCUUCAAGACCCUUGAAAGAUCCUACCUGCUGAAGGUCCAAGGGAAGGUUGUGGAAAGGCCCCAGCACAUGCUAAUGAGGGUUGCUGUUGGAAUUCACAAAGAUGAUAUUGAUUCGGCACUCAAAACAUACCAUUUGAUGUCUCAGCGAUGGUUCACACAUGCUUCUCCCACCCUUUUCAAUGCUGGAACACCUAGACCCCAAUUGAGCAGCUGCUUCUUGGUGUGCAUGAAAGAUGAUAGUAUUGAAGGAAUAUAUGAUACAUUGAAGGAGUGUGCUGUUAUCAGUAAAUCAGCUGGAGGAAUUGGUGUAUCUGUUCACAACAUCCGUGCCACUGGAAGUUAUAUUCGUGGAACAAAUGGGACAUCUAAUGGCAUUGUUCCAAUGUUGCGGGUGUUCAAUGAUACUGCCCGCUAUGUUGAUCAAGGUGGAGGCAAGAGGAAAGGUGCUUUUGCUGUGUAUUUGGAGCCAUGGCAUGCAGAUGUAUUUGAGUUUCUUGAUCUUAGGAAAAAUCACGGAAAGGAAGAACACCGUGCUCGGGAUUUAUUCUAUGCUCUGUGGGUUCCUGAUCUCUUUAUGGAGAGAGUUCAAAGCAAUGGGCAAUGGUCAUUAUUUUGCCCUAGUGAGGCUCCGGGCUUGGCAGAUUGUUGGGGCAAAGAAUUUGAGGAACUAUACACCCGCUAUGAAAGAGAUGGCAAGGCCAAGAAGGUUGUCCAGGCACAAAACCUCUGGUUUGAGAUUUUGAAAUCUCAGAUAGAGACUGGGACCCCUUACAUGCUUUUUAAGGAUACUUGCAACAGAAAAAGCAACCAACAGAACCUGGGUACCAUAAAAUCUUCAAACUUGUGCACUGAGAUAAUUGAAUACACAAGUCCAACAGAAACUGCUGUGUGCAAUCUGGCUUCGAUUGCUCUACCACGAUUUGUUAGAGAGAUGGGAGUCCCUAUAGAGUCUCAUCCAUCUAAAGUUGUUGGCAGUAGAGGUUCCAACAGAAGAUAUUUUGAUUUUGAGAAACUAGCAGAGGUUACAGGAGUGGUUACAGUCAAUCUUAACAAAAUAAUUGAUGUUAAUUACUACCCUGUUGAAACUGCUAGAAGGUCAAAUUUCCGACAUAGACCCAUUGGCAUUGGAGUUCAAGGUCUCGCAGAUGCCUUCAUGUUGCUUGGAAUGGCAUUUGACUCACCCGAGGCACAAAAGCUGAAUAAGGACAUAUUUGAAACCAUUUAUUAUCAUGCUCUGAAAGCUUCUUCUGAGAUUGCUGCAAGAGAAGGUCCCUAUGAAACAUACGUUGGAAGUCCUGUGAGCAAGGGGAUUCUGCAGCCUGACAUGUGGGGUGUAACUCCUUCCAGUCUGUGGAACUGGGAUGCCCUAAGAGAAAUGAUAUCUAAGAAUGGGGUGAGAAAUUCACUUCUUUUGGCACCAAUGCCAACUGCUUCAACCAGCCAGAUUCUUGGAAACAAUGAGUGCUUUGAGCCAUAUACUUCAAACAUCUAUAGUCGUAGAGUUUUAAGGUUUGCUAUGCCAACCUAUUCUAUUCAGUUUAUUUUAAGAUCAAUUGCCUUAUGUUUGCUCUCUAAUUCUCUCUUCAGUGGUGAAUUUGUUGUGGUCAACAAACAUCUUCUUCAUGACUUAACUGAGAUGGGCCUUUGGUCUCCUGCUCUGAAGAACAAAAUAAUCUAUGAAGAUGGCUCUGUCCAGAAAAUCCCAGAAAUCUCAGAUGAUCUCAAGUGUAUAUACAAGACUGUUUGGGAGAUCAAGCAAAAGACAUUAGUUGAUAUGGCAGUUGAUCGUGGAUGCUUCAUAGAUCAGAGUCAAAGUCUUAAUAUACAUAUGGACCAACCCAAUUUUGGAAAACUAACUUCUCUACACUUCUAUGCAUGGUCAAAGGGUCUAAAGACAGGGAUGUAUUAUCUAAGAUCACAAGCGGCAGCUGAUGCCAUCAAGUUCACUGUUGAUACUUCUGUUUUUAAAGAAAAAAAGCCAGAAUUGGAUGAUGAUGCUGCUGCUGACGAUACUAAAAUAGCUCAAAUGGUUUGCUCCCUUACCAACCGUGAGGAGUGCAUGGCUUGUGGAAGUUGAGGGUUAGAUUUAGGAGCCAGAAAAGACGUGACUUUGGUUCAGGUUCUUGCAUGCAGGAGGGCACAAAAAUGAUCUGGUGUGGCCAAGCACCUCUGUUAGGUGUUGCUUUUGGGGGAUUUUUGUGUAUGGGUCAAGUCCAAUCCAGUGAAAUUAUAUAGGUAUAUGUUAUUUUUAAUGUCUGUAAAGCUUAAUCCUGCUACUGCUGAUUAAAUCCAUUAAGCCCUUGAAUUGGUGGCUUAAACUCAACUUCAAACUGCAACUGGAAAUGCCUUGUUUCCAAA